GUUGAGUUGAGGUUUGGUUUGAGGUUUUUGUUUACUCUUUUAUUAGCAAAAUGGACUUCGAAAACGAAAUGAUAGUGCAAGUAAAAGAUGACAACGAUAGUUUUGAAAUACAAGAAAACAGUUUUUCUUCCUUUUUGGAAGGUAAUUUGGAUAGUGAACAGUCUAUCCCAUAUCCUCAGGAACAUUUUGAAAACGGAGAUACUCAAUUUGAACCAACUCUGAAGUAUACUGAACCUAUUAAAAAAGCCAAAAGAGAAAAAUUAUCAACUCGUGGUAAAGAAAGCCGUGGAGUGAACGUCAAGGUAGUCCGUCGAAAAGGUAAAGUAGGUAGGCCGGUAGGUAGACCUAAGAAGAUAGUGGUGAACAAGGAACCAGAACCUAUUGUCAAACCUGUUGAAACUGAGCCCCCACGCAAAAAAAGAGGAAGACCUAAGAAAAAUCCCGAUACCACUAAACCACCAGCUCCUUCCAUUGCAAACAAAUUUACUUGUAAGAGUUGUCCUAAAGGCUUUAAAACCAGAAAAGAGCUGAAAAUGCAUGGCAUGGUUCACAAAAAUGUUAAAACGUUUUCAUGUAAGAUUUGUAAGAAGCAGUUUAAAUUUAAACAGCAAAUGCGGGGGCAUUAUAGAUUGCAUGAAAACACUCCCUCUUUUGAGUGUGAUGUUUGUAACAAGAAAUUUAAAUUAAAGCAGCAACUUGAUACCCAUAUGAAAAGUCAUAAUGAAGGACCAAUCAACUGCAUCUUUUGUGACAAAACGUUCAAGUUUAAAGAACAAUUGCUGAUACACUCAACGGUUCAUGAGGACGAGAGACCUUUUAAGUGUGAUACCUGUGAUAAAGCUUUUAAGCUGAAGCAGCAAUUGGACUUCCAUGAAAGGAUACACAGUGACUUAAAGCCAUAUAUAUGUGAGGUUUGUGACAAGUCUUUCAAGUUCAAACAGCACCUGCAGUACCACAGUAGGUCCCAUACUACCAUUCCUGAGAGCUAUAAGAUCAUAAACACAUGUAAUGAAAAUUCAGAAGAAAUAGUACUUAUGGACAUAAGUAGUAUCAAAAGCAAUAGCAUUACAGAGGGAAUUUCGAGUUAAAUUAAGAGGCAAUCUGGCAAAUGUGCAUACCCUUUAAAUGAAAUUGAACUAAAUAAAAUAUAGCUGUAGUUUUAAUAUUUCUCAGUUUUUUGUUGAUUAACAUAUAAUGUAAAUCAAAAGAUGAUGUUGCUGGUGACUGAUUUCAAAU